CCGUGGAGUCAGACCAUUGCAUACUUAUUAAGUUCUAGAUUGAGGAACAACAUUUAAUCUACCAAAUAUAUAUUAGUACAAACUAAUACUACUAAUCAAAUAGAAAAACAAAAUUACUAGAGAUCAAACAACAAGAAUGAAUAAGGAAGUAUCGAAAUCGAGGGAGGGAAGGAUGGAACGUUGGAUUCAUGCUCUAGUUAUUCUACUCAUGUUUCCUGCAUUAGCAGAGGCCACUAUUAGGCAUUACAACUUCAAGGUAGUCAUGAAGAACUACACAAAACUUUGUUCCACCAAGGCUAUUGCCACAGUCAACGGAAAAUUUCCCGGGCCAACCCUCCAUGCAAGGGAGGGUGACAACGUUCUUGUCAAAGUCAUCAAUAACAUCAAUUACAACGUUACUAUACAUUGGCAUGGUAUUCGACAACUCAGAACGGGGUGGUCCGAUGGUCCAGCAUAUGUAGCACAAUGCCCUAUCCAGCCGGAACAAAGCUAUCUUUACAACUUCACCAUCAUAGGUCAAAGAGGAACAUUGUUCUGGCACGCACAUAUAUCCUGGCUAAGGGCAACCCUACAUGGAGCCAUUGUUAUAUUGCCUAAGAAAGGCACCCCAUACCCUUUCCCACAUCCUGUCAAAGAGAAAGUUAUUGUGUUAGGGGAAUGGUGGAAAGCAGAUACAGAGGCAGUGAUCAAUCAAGCUACAAAAUCUGGUAUGCCACCAAAUGUAUCAGAUUCACAUACCAUAAAUGGCCAUACUGGACCAGUCCGAAAUUGUUCAAUUUCGACACAGGGUACUUACACCCUACAUGUUGAGCAUAGCAAAACAUAUAUAUUACGAAUUGUCAAUGCUGCAAUCAAUGACGAGGUUUUCUUCAGAAUUGCCGGUCACAAAUUUACCGUGGUAGAAGUUGAUGCAAGUUACACAAAACCUUUUACAACAGACACUAUCUACAUUGCACCAGGACAAACCACGAAUGCUCUUCUUAAGGCCGAUCAAUCUCCUACAGGAAAAUAUUUGAUUGGCAUGUCCUCAUUUAUGGACGCGCCUGUUGCUGUUGAUAACACAACCACCUAUGGCCUUUUGCGCUACAAGGGUGGCCUAGCUAACUCGCGCCUUGUCCUGACUACAAUGCCACCUCUAAACGCGACACAAGCUCAGCUAAAAUUCACACAUGCCUUACGAAGUCUAAAUUCAAAAGACUACCCCGCGAAAGUCCCCUUAGACAUUGAUCAUUCCCUACUUUUCACCACGAGUGUAGGGGUUAACCCGUGUCCAACAUGUCUAAAUGGUAGCAAGCUCGUAGCUAGUUUUAACAAUGUCACAUUUGUUAUGCCAACUAUUUCAUUGCUUCAGGCUCAUUAUUACAAAAUAAAGGGAGUAUUUACGGACGAUUUUCCAGGAAGGCCUCUUACAAGUUUUAACUAUACUACUUCAAAUUUUACUGGCUCUUUGGCUACUAUGAAUGGUACUAAGGUUUAUAGGUUACCAUUUAAUGCCACGGUCCAAGUUGUACUCCAAGACACUUCUCUUAUAGCACCUGAAAGCCAUCCUCUCCAUUUGCACGGGUUCAAUUUCUUCGUUGUUGGUAUGGGGAUAGGUAAUUACGAUGAUACUAAGGAUCCCGAGAGCUUCAAUCUCGUCGAUCCUGUUGAGAGGAACACUAUUGACGUGCCUACGUGUGGAUGGACUGCUAUAAGAUUUCGAGCUGAUAAUCCAGGUGUUUGGUUUAUGCAUUGUCAUCUAGAAGUACACACUUCAUGGGGACUAAAGAUGGCAUUUUUAAUAGAGAAUGGCGACGGGCCAAAUGAGUCAAUCGUGCCACCUCCAAAAGACCUACCUAAAUGCUAAGUUCUCAAUAAGUAUUUUUUUAUUGGUGCUCCUUGAAAGAUUCCAUUGGAAUAUACUCAUUGAAGAUCGAGAAGAUUCUUUUGAGAUUCAUUAAAAAAAUGGGUUUGCAUUUUGCAACAUAGAACUUUUGGAGUUGUACGGACGCUAAACAACAAAAAAAAACAAGGGGAGUAGACGUUUGAAUUCUGGAGUUCAGAUUGCAAAGAAGCUUCAGAUGAAUGAGUGCAUUAGUUGAAGAAAAUUGAAAGAAGAAUGAAUUAAGGCAUGAAACAAAAAAUCAUCGUGUUGUUUUUUCUUUCUUCUAUAUUUUCUUCUAAAUUAUGUAAAUUUCUGCAAUGUUUGAUGAUAAAAACAAUGUAACACUUUCAUAUAUCCCUUUUGUUUCUGUUUUUGUUUGCUUAAAUUUUCGGUAGGCAUGAAGUUUGUAAUAAAUAAUAGCUUGGAGCAAUGGAUUAGUUGUUGAACAAAUCCCUCCCAUAAUAAUUUAAUUUUUUACCGUCAAAUAAUGAAAAAUUUAAUUGUUACAAAAUGUA